AUGUCGGACGUAACACAAUAUGUGGACGCUCAUAUUAACGCGACCAACAUUACAUACGAAGAUGACUCUUCUACGCUGGAAAACAGCCAAGCAGAUUUAUAUGUCAGGAUCACUGGAAUUGUCAUCUCAUCGUUAUGCCUCAUUCUACAAUUAGUGCUCUACAUAAUCCGACCAAAAAUUCGAAAAUUGGACCAGAAGAUUCUGACGCAGCUGACAGUGGCAAGAAUGAUGAACUCGGUAAUGGAGAUGUGUAUGACCUACCAGUACUUCCAUGAGUACUACACCAAGGACCUGACUAACUACUGA